CUCUGCGAGAUGAACAAUCCUGAGAUAUUCUGAAUGAGAUAAAAUCAAUCUAUCACGUAUUACAGAUAUGGAGGCCUUUAUCAAUAGCUUCCUAUCCGCUCAGUAGUUCUCAAGAUUGAUUAAAGUGCACACGUGUUAAGAUGCCACACAGAAAGAUCUCUCGUGGUCCACCGGAACUUAUGAUGAUCUUAUUUGAAGUAGCCAACAACAUUCAGAUAAAAGAUAUUGAGUAUGUUCUUGAGUUUGGCUGUGACGAAGUUGACUGCUAUUACGGCGGUCUUUACAAAGUGACCAUAACAGGAUACAGAAAUGGAUGCAAAGUUAAGAAGAAAUAUAUCAUAAAGUGGCAUUCUGAUCCAAAAAAACGAAAUGCAUUCCGUAAAGCACAUAAACGUGAGUUUUUAUUCUAUCAAAAAAUCAUCCCAGCCUAUCUCGAAAUUCAAAACCGUUUCAAAGUCAUUGAGGGACUAAAGACAAAAUUUCCGAAUUGUGAUUUCGCUUGCUGUGACAAAGGAAGAGAGGCCAUUGUAGUUUCGGAUCCACAAGGAUACAUGGUUCACGAUAGAUUUCAAAAGUUAUCACUGGACCACGUUUCACUCGCGGUGAAAAAUUUAGCGAAACUGCAUGCUCUGUCUUUUGUGCUGGAAAAAUCUCAACCAGAGGAGUUUGAGCAAAUAAAAAAGGCAUGUUAUUUCGACGUGCAGUAUGCAGAUGUAGAGCUCAUGCCAAAGUCAUUGUUCUCAUAUUACGAGGCUUCAGUGAACGUUGUUAAAGAUGCAUCAGCGAAGAAGAAGCUGCAAGAUAAUACAUCAAACGUACUUAGAAUUUUGCAUAAAUGUGCAAUGCCGGAUACAAAAUAUAGUACCAUUUGUCAUGGCGACUGUUGGAAUAAUAACAUUCUCUACAAAUAUCAGAAAUGCAGGCCGGUGGAUGUAAUGUUUAUCGACUGCCAACUGCUCAGAUACGCAUCACCCGUCACUGAUAUAUCGUACUAUUUGUACAUGACUACAGACCACGAAUUCCGCUCAAAAUAUUAUGACCACGUUCUCUCUUUGUAUUACUGGACAUUAUCGGCGGUGCUGCGACAAUGUGAUUUGGACAUUAAUGAAAUCUACCCAGAGAGCAUUUUCCAACAGCAUCUGAAAGAUUACUCGGUGUUUGGUUUGAUAGAAGCUUUGAUAUCAAUGAAGAUAAUUACGGCAGAAAUAGAGGACGCGCACAAGAUGACAGAGGUGAAAUACGAACUGACCGAAGAAGGAUCGCGCGAGAGUAAAUUGCAGAAUAGUUCGCUAUACGAGCAGCGAGUGAACGGUGUUGUCAAUGAUUUCUUUUCGAGAAACUAUUCCUUGGAUGCUGUUCUUAGUAAAUGAUAACGAGGA